AUGUCAGCAGUCAUGCAGAAGUAUGCCACAUUUAUCAGCAAGGGCUUAAUAUCAGUUCUGCAACACAAGUAUUAUCUGCCCCUGAAUUCACACUUUGAUGGGCCCAUCGAACAAUUACUGAAGUAUUUUAGGUCUUCCCCUCAAGCAAGACUUUUCUGUUCAUCAUCAGCAGACCCUCCAGUCAAACAUGAAGUGUUGCUCAAGAAGAGGCUUAGACAAGAGAGCUUGCAGGAAAGAGCAACAGAUGAAACAGAAGAAUUCUUUAAACUAGCCAUGAGAAAAGUUCCACAGCAAGUUGUUGUUGUGACAACAAGUGUCUAUCACCCUGACACCAGUUUAUAUAUAAAGAGGGGAGUAACUUGCAGCACAUUCUCUAGUGUUUCCUUCCGUCCACCAAUUGUUUCUUUCUGCCUGAGUCAAGGAAGUCGUAUGCAUUCUUUGAUAAAGUCUAGAGGAACCUUUGCAGUUCACAUUCUAGCUCAAGAUCAGGUUCACCAAGGGAUUCAUUUCUCCAAGCCAGCCAGAGAUGAUAUAUGCCAGUUUGACAGUGUUCCACAUGUUCAAGGAGAAGAGGGUUUACCAAUAAUACUGGGCUGCUUGGCAGUUCUGCUGUGUGACAGUCACUCGUACCAUGCUGUUGGUGAUCACAUGGUUUGGUAUGGCAAUGUUCAUGGUGUCAGUGUGUCAGAAACCCUUCAGGAGCCACUCAUUUAUUUCACUAGAAAGUUUACAUCUGUGGGUGAUGAGAUUUUCUUGAAAGCUUUUGAAGAUGCCACAUUGCCAUUUGAAAACUGGACACAUGAAGCACAUCUUCGCAUGGCUUGGAACUAUAUUAAGGAGCAUGGAAAAGAUGGUGCAGUCCCGUAUAUUAAGUUGUACAUUCAGAAAUACAAUGAGAGACACAGAGGAAAGCUGAGGUCCACUUACCAUGAAACCAUCACAAUGUUUUUCAUCCACAUAGUCUCAGAUGCAGUCGUUAGAAGUGUGAAUGCCAGUGAAAGCUUUGAGGAAUUUCUCUCACACAACAAACACUUGAUGGAUAAAAGUCUGAUUUUAGACUACUACAAUAAAGAUACCUUGUCCCAAGAGCAGGCUCGCAAUAGGUUUAUCUACCCUGACAAAAAGGAUCUACCUUGA